CGCAGGAUACAUUCAACAGUUCUUGCAACGCAAGAUGGCUUGCCAAAAACAUCCCAAGAACCACCACGGCAGCCAAAGCGUCGCAUAGACUGCUCGAUCGAUAAUGGAAGGCUGCAGUGGGUGUAUCGGGGUCAUAUGCCUCUUCAGAGCGGCUAUGCCACUUUGAGUGAUUGUUUGGGCGAUAACCCAUCUUUUUCAUGCUCACUGCCGAUAAUGACAGCGAAAUAUUGGACGGCAAAGUACCUUAAAUGAUACUACUGAAGGCUUUCCACGAUGCAAUUGAGGCAUUUUCAACGGCAGUGUACCCUUCUCCCUCCUGUGUUAUCGAGCACCGAGCUGGACCUGGGCCUCAGUCGACUCCCUGGCAGAUCAACAUUAUUGUCGGCAGCUCAUGAUUUACGUGUCUCGUUGGCAGAUGAUAAAAAUAUGUUCCGACAAGUAAGUGGUGGAUCCAUUGUUCCUGCUGGGGGUCUGGUACUUGAGACAGAUCUUCGCCUUGGUGGUGACCUUGAUCAUAGAACCACAUGCCUUGGCGGCAGUGGGCGUGAUGUUGAGUCUUCAAAUCCUCUCUCUCUUUCCCUUAUAAAAACUGAAUACAUGCCGGGAAGUCUGGAGGUAUUUGGCCUCAUACUUCAAAUUUGCGAGUCGCACGAUAUUUACAGACAUAAAGGCAUGUUUGUGCUCUGGAUUACUCGCAUGUCUUGUAAUGCAGUUAUUGUUGAAUGGCAAAGUGCAGUGAUCAUAGACACAUAUGUGCGACUAUUCAGAAUCGGAUAUGUCGCACAUAGUACAGUCAACUGGCCAUCUAUUACAUUCGCCUCCGUUCGCUACCAGUUCCUGGAUACACUCCUGAUGGCCAAGCCCGAUUAUACCUGCUCUCUUCUUGGGGUGCAACCCGCACGAGCUUAG